AUGAAACUGCACUCGCUCGCGUCCAUUGGCCUCCUGGCCUCCGCCGUUGUCGCCCACAAGGAGGUCGCUCCUGGUGUGGUCAAGCGCCACGCCAACCUUUCCAAGCGUUGUGCUGCUGGGUCCGCGGCCUUCAAGCAGAAGCGAUUCCAAAAGCGCCAAGAAGCCGCCAACCUCGAGCGCAGGUCCGGCAACAGCAGCGUCACGAUCGUGACCGAGGCUCCGUACUACGAAGAUCUUCAGAACAACACCUGCGUCCUCGCGCCCGAUGUCACCGCCGGACCUUACUACUGGCCCCGGUCAGAGACCCUGCGUCAGGAUAUGACCGAAGACCAGGUCGGAGUUCCUCUUACCCUUGACGUCGGUGUCAUUGAUAUGGCAACUUGCGAGCCUCUUCCAAACGCGCUUGUUGCGUUUUGGCACUGCAACGCCACGGGAAGCUACUCGAGUUUCACGGGCCGUGAUCCUAACACGGAUUUCCGUGAGCUCCUUGAGUCACUGAAUGUCACCGAUUUCGAAAUUGGUACUACGGAUUUGCAUACCGAUGACACUACAUGGCUGCGUGGAAUGUGGCCCACCAACGACGAUGGUAUUCUGGAGAUGAAGACGAUUUUCCCUGGCUUUUACAUUCAGCGCUCUAUUCACAUUCACGCGCAAGUUUUCACCGAUUGGGUCGUCACCAGCAACGGCACCGUCAAGACGGGAAACACCAACUCAAUUGGUCAACUGUACUUCAACGAGACGGUUUCCCAGGAGAUCAUGGCCCUGGAGCCCUAUGUGUCGCACACCGAGAUCAACCGCACUACCAACGACGUCGACUCUGUCUACUCUGAGGGAUUCGCGAACGGCUACAACCCUGUCAUCGACAUCGUUCCGUUGGAUGGAGUUGAUAUUCGCAACGGCAUGGUUGGCUACAUUACGAUCGGAAUCGAUACCGAGAACAGCCCUUCUUUGAGUGGAUCAGGUGGCAGCAGCGGUGGUGCGGCUCCGAGCAACACCACGACACCGGCUUAA